AUGUCUUCAGACGAAGACAGGGCCAAGGAGAUUUUGAGAGGCUUCAAACUGUAUCCUUUAACUACCUUUGACUGGGUUAGAGUGAUUAAUGCGCGGCUCCGUUUUGCAUCUCGAGCCUUUUGCGUGUCCGCCUUGACUUCGAGCGGCGUCAGAAACUGGAUGAACCUCCGAGACGCCGAGACGGGCAAAGUUCUGUGGCAGGGAACCGAGGACCUCUCCGUACCCGGCGUGGAGCACGAAGCUCGCGUCCCCAAGAAGAUCCUCAAGUGCAAAGCCGUUUCCAGAGAGCUGAACUUUUCCUCCUCGGAGAAGCUGGAGAAAUUCCGACUUGAGCAGAAGGUUUUCUUCAAGGGACAGUGUCUAGAAGAGUGGUUCUUCGAGUUCGGCUUCGUCAUCCCCAACUCCACCAACACGUGGCAGUCCCUGAUCGAAGCGGCGCCGGAAUCUCAGAUGAUGCCCGCCAACGUUUUAACAGGCAACGUGAUCAUCGAGACCAAGUUCUACGACGACGAGCUGCACGUGAGCACGUCGCGGGUGCGCCUCUUCUACGUCUGA